GUGGUCCAGGAAGGAGGCAGAUACAGGAGGCAGAAGCCAGGAGAGGAAGACAGCCUGCGAGCAAGAUUUGCAUGCCCACCAAGAUGCCUGAGACCUCUCUUCUAGUCUAUGUCCUCUGCCUACUCACCUUGUCUUCAGCUAGCUACAUCCAGAAUUCGCCUUGGCGAGGAAAGAGAGAAGUCAUAGAACGCAAAGAAUACAGACCGUGCAUCACCUGUGGUCCUGAAAUGAAAGGAAACUGCUUUGGCCCCAGCAUCUGCUGCGGAGAAGAAUUUGGCUGCCUCAUUGACACCGAGGAAACUCAGCGCUGCCUGGAGGAAAAUGACCUGCCUGACCCCUGCACGUCCGGCUGGAAGUGGUGCGGUGAAGACGGGAGAUGUGCAGUGCCGGGCACAUGCUGCACUGUCGAGAGCUGCACUGAAGAUCCGGAGUGCGUACGUCCCUGAAGUCUGCAAGGAGGCAGCCUCCGAAACAUCGGUUCUCCAACUUGUAUUUCAGAACGCCCUCAGAAAAAGAAGAAUCCGAAGAA